UGCGCGUACGUCCCUGCCGUUCUCGAGUAUUAUGGUCUGUCGGGAAUUCAGAGUGGCUCGGAGUAGAGGAGAAAAAUAUCGGGUUAGCGCGCAGCCAGCUAGCGGUAGAUACGUGGGCAGCACUGGGAUAAACAUGGAGCUGUCUGCCGUCGGGGAGAGGGUGUUCGCAGCGGAGUCUAUAAUUAAACGCAGGAUCAGAAAGGGUCGGAUUGAAUACCUCGUGAAAUGGAAGGGCUGGUCUCCCAAAUACAGUACGUGGGAACCUGAGGAGAAUAUCUUGGACUCUCGACUGUUGGCCGCGUUCGAGCAAAGGGAGCGUGAGAGGGAGCUGUACGGGCCUAAGAAGAGGGGACCUAAACCCAAGACUUUUCUCCUCAAGGCCCAGACUAAAGAUAAAGCUAGAUCUUAUGAGUUUAGAAGUGAAGCUGUCAGAGGAGUGUCUUAUCCUUGUGCAGAGCCGGUGGUCACUCCCAGGGCCAGAGAAGGCCUCAGGGCGGUGGUUCCGACCAUUUUUCCUCCCAGCGCCGUCAACCGAGGAGAGAGCUUCCUCGUUCAGGAGCUGGCCCUGCAGCACUUGACUCCACAAGCCAGCUCUGAUUUAAGAGCGCCAAAAAAGAAAGGCCCAAAGCCUAAGUCACUCUAUCAAGAUGCUGAUUCUAUUAUGUCCGAGUCCCUCAAGAGGAGAGCAGAGGAAGACAUGCAGCAGGAGACUUACAAAAUGCCCAAACUUCAGGGUUCAGGGGAGAUGAGAGUUGUCAAAUCCGGACAACAGCACUUAGAGAAUCAUACACAUCACCAUCAUUCAAACAGAGCCAGGUCUGGAGGUGGCUUCCAUCAUGUGUACUCCUCCCGCAGUGUGCUUUCUCACCGCACACACAUGGACUCACACACAGGCUCGCUCAAGGCCAAAGACCACCUGAGCCCCUUUAAGCAACAGUCCAGACUGGGCCUGAGUCCAGGGCCUGACUGUGAGAGACCUCAGUCAGAGAAGCCAUACUUGUUGGACCGCUCGUCCCCGAUGUGUGUCCAUGAGGACUCUGCUGUGUCAUGGAGACCCUCUCUGGUUACCAUGGAGAAUGUCCUGGUGACAGACGUGACCACAAACUUCCUGACAGUCACAAUCAAAGAGAGCAGAACCUCCAAAGGCUUCUUCAGAGACAAGAGAUGAUCGUCGGCACUCUCUUGCUUUGUAUGUAUCAAAUACAUAUGUGCACAUGUAAAAUACUGUAUAGAACUAGUAUUUAAUGUAUUUAACAAAUGAAAUUUAUUUCAACAUGUUGUCUACAGCAGUUUGCUAUUUCUGUUAAAACUUUGUAAAUCUAUUUUGCAAAUGAAAUAUGUAUUUUUGUCACGUUUUUUUUCUCCAGCCUUUGAGGCUGAAUAAUUCUAAUUUGAACGUAUAUGACUGAACAUUGUUCCCUUUAAGGGUUGUAUUUAAAUACAUAAGCACUUUGAUAAAGAAAAUAAUGACAUUUUAUGUGCUUUGACUCAGCUGAUUACAGCAACUGCUGUGUAAGUUUCUAAAUAAACGCAUAUUUUCCAAUAGCUUGUUUCAGAAAUAUUUUGCAAUUUCUUAAAAAUCCCAAUAAUGUGUAAGAAAUGCCUUUAAUGCGUCAAAAACAUGCUUUU